AUGAAGCUUUUAAUUGUCAUCUUAUUGAUUGUAGCAACGAGCACAACUGCAAUAACUAUUAAUUCUAAAUGCACUAAAUAGGUUACAAAACUCACUCCUAAAUUUUCAAAGCUAUAUACAAAUGUAAAUGAAAAAAAGUUAGCUUCAAGUAUAAAGGAAUUAGUUGGAAUCGUAAAAUCUCUAGUGUCUAUAUAAUCAUCUUGUUCUGGGGCAGAGGGAGUUGAUUUGUCUACUUUCAAAGAUAAAAUAGGAACUUGUUUAAAAGAUGGUUUUGAAUUGGCUAGCAAUGGUUAUAAAUCAUACACCGAAUUUGAAGAGGAUGGGUUCUCAGAUAUGCUUGUUGACAGUUUGAUUGAUAUGUCCCAUUUGGUGGAACCUGUAAUUACAAAUUGCUGGGGAGACGAAGUAAAGUCUGUUUUGGGAUUUGUUUUGCCUGAUGAAUGCAUCUCAGUGAUUGACGAUGCUGCAUAGGUCACCCUAUAGAUUAUAGAAUAAAAAGAAAGACCAUUGUUGAUGACUAAGGGAUUACUAAAUUUGAGAAAGAUCUUCAAGGAAUCCAAGAAGGUUUGUCCAUUUGUUGAGACUUUGAUUCCCAAGAACGACGAGGAGGACAGUGAUUUCUUUGGAGAUGAAAGCGAUGAAAGCGAUGAAAGCGAUGAGAGUGAUUCUUUUGAGGCUGAUUACGAGUAGAGUGAUUCUUCUGAUGGUGGUGAUGAUUUGGAAGCCUUGUUUGAAUUGUUCGAAUGA